AUGACCUCCCAAUCGCGGGUUUACAACCCACUCAUACAUCCCUUCCUCUUCCUCUUCCAACUCUUCCAAUGGCUCACGGAUAAGAUCCUCUCGCCCAACCCUCCCGGGCCCAGCACACGCCUCAGCCGUCCCAAGAUUGCCGUCAUCGGCGCGGGCAUCACGGGCGUGACCAGCGCGGCGCACUGCAUCGGCCAUGGCUUCGACGUGACCAUCUUCGAAGCCGGCAGCGAGGACGAGCUGGGCGGCAUCUGGAGCCGCGUCAACAACACCUCGUCCGUGCAGAUCCACUCGGUCAUGUACCGCUUCCACCCCUCCGUCAAAUGGGAGCGCGGCUACCCGGACCGGCAGCAGAUCCUCAGCCAAGUACGCGACCUGUGGCGGCGGUACGGGCUCGAGGAGCGCACGCGGUUCGGCACCAAGAUCGACCGCGUCUACCAGGACGAGCGCGGCCGCUGGGUGGUCAAUGACAUGUCGCUGGGCCGCUUCGACGGCGUCAUCGCCGCCAUCGGCACCUGCGGCGAGCCCAAGGUGCCGCGCAUGCCCGGCAUGGACGGCUUCCGCGGCGAGAUCCACCACUCCAGCCGCCUGACCGGCUCCUGCUCGGCCAGGGACAAGACCAUGAUCAUUAUUGGUGGUGGUGCCAGUGCGGUUGAGGCGCUCGAGUUUGCGCAUGAGGAGGGUGCCAAGAAGAUUUACAUCCUCGCGCGCAGCGACAAGUGGAUCAUCCCGCGGAAUCCGAUCUGGAACAUGCUGCUGGCGAUGAACGUGUUUGGGCAGGAGACCUUCCUCAGCUGGAUCCCGGAGCUGUUGCUGCGCAAGAUGUUCUACCGGGACUUGGAAGACCUGGCGCCUGCCAACAAGGGGCUCUUUACGGAUACCCCCAUGGUGAAUUCGGAUAUCAUGGAGAAGCUGCGUUCGAAGCGGGCAGAGUGGAUUCGUUGCGACAUCGAGGGGUUUACCGAGGACGGCGUCAAGGUCAACCGGCGCGCCAAGGGGGUUCCGGCCGGUGGACCGGGGCAAAAAGACGUAAUCGAGGGUGAUGUCGUGGUUAUGGCGACGGGGUUCGCCCGACCCAAGCUGGACUUCCUGCCCGACAGCUGCUUUGAGAAGCCGUACGAACCGCCCAACUGGUACCUGCAGACAUUCCCGCCAAAUCACCCGUCCCUUUCGUGCAUCAAUUGCACCUACAUGAAUGCCAUCGGGACGGUGGGCAACUGGCACAUCGGGAUUUACACGCGCAUCCUGCUCAUGUUCUUGGUUGAUCCCUUGACUCGGCCGAAUCCCUUUUGGAUGAAGCGGUGGAUCGACAUGACGAGAUUGUUCAAGAUGGCGUCGCCGGUAGGGCCCUUCGAGUUCUUUACCUACCUCGAGCUUAUUUGGUGGUUUUCUUUCUGCGUCGCAUUCAACCCCUUCCGAUGGAAGUGGGCAUUGUUCGUCUUCUUUGGACUCGGCUUCAUGCUCCCGAAGAAUGUGGUGGCUGCCGAAGACAGGAUUCGGAACGGACUUGGCAUGCGCCAGGAAACUACUGGCGAGGAUGUUGGCCUGAGCUUGUAA